UUCAAUAAUCCCAGCGUACUGUAUACAAAACUGUAACAGUCGUACUGAAUGUACACGCUCUAAAAAUAUAAAAUUAUUUUGUUUUCCGAAAGAAAAUAUCAUUUGACAACAGUGGCUCGCAUUUUAUGUUAUUUAUUACAUAAUAACAUAAAUAUACAUUAACAAAUUGUUUUUGUAUUUAAUUCUUGCGGCUACACUUUAAUCCAAAUAUGAUUGGUUAUUGCCUCCAAACUUCAUGCCUCCACCAUUGCGUGCGCAUGUUACAUCUUUUUUUUACAUUAUGAGCAUAAGGGCCAUCACACACGAAAUGACGUAAGCUGCAUAAGCAUAGCAUAAGAUCGAUGAACCAUUCAGUUCUCAGCAUAAAGUCGCCAUAUUGAUAUACAUAAGAUGCUUAUUGGCCUAGAACUCUUAUGUUAUGCUUAUGCAGCUUAUGUCAUUUCGUGUGUGAUGGCCCUAAGACUACUGGGAGUCUAAAACCAAUGAACAUCUUAUGUAAACCAAUAGCGACUUUAUGCUGGAUGUUUAUUGGUUUAUCAAUUUUAAGUUAUGUUUAUGCUACGUUAUACAUUUUGUGUUUGAACUCUUAGAAACGGAUAGGAUGUUCUCUUGUCAUCUCAGUCAUCUGUUAGUUGUUACGUAUCUAACGCCUUUCUAAAAAGAUACUCUGUUUUUUGUAAAUGUCUCGUUUAUUUAAAUGUCACGGCAUUAAUUAAUUUAUAUAUAUUUUUGUUAUUUUUUAUUUUGUAUGAUAGAGACGAAAAAGAAGCGUUUCAUUAUUAUGCAAACUCCACAAUACUUUAAACGUGACACAUAUCAUGCAAAGAAGUUUCGCGCGUUAUAACAGACAGUGUGAUAUUUCAACAACCGCCGAAGACGAUUCGUAUUUUUCAUCAGAUAUUGAUUUACCAAAUUCAAAAGUGACACAAUCUUGUCAAAAAUUGAGACUUGCUUGUCGAGCAUCAAAAAACAAGAACAAUCAAUUACAUCUUCUCAAAUUUCCAUUAAAAUCAUUACAUUGCUAUCAAGAUUCAGUUGAUAAUAGGCUAGACAAAGCAAAAUUAUUCACCAGAGAGGUCGAUCAGAUUGCCACGUCGCAACACAUAUCAAAUACUAAAUCUUCUGCAUCACAUAUUUCUCAAGAAAAAUAUAAACAAGGAGUAAUUUUCAAAGAAAAACAUUCAAGCGAUGGUGAAAAUUUUGAACGUAAAUUCAGCGAGAAAAUUUGUAGCAAGAAACAAAGCAGUACACCACGGAUCGUAAGGGCCAUUCAACAAAAGAGCAAGAAACAAUGUUUUAGUCGAUUCGAAAGCACAUCAAUCGGUAACAAUCUAUCACUACACACAGGCAACAGUAAGAGCAGCGUUGUCGUACUUUAUCACAGUAGAUUCGAUAUUUCCCCAUCAACCUCUUCAAAGGGUCUCGUAGAACAUUCGAAAUCCGAUCAAGGAGUAAAAACAUUGUAUGCAUCGCAAUCAGAAGUUACAAAUCCUGGAGCAGGAGCAUCACCUGAUAAGACGAAAAUAAUAGAAACUCCAAAAACUUUAUCUCCGAGAUAUUCACUACGUCGACGGAAAACUACUUCCAAAAGAUAUUGUCAUAUAUUAAGACAACGACCUUCUGUGAAUGUAAACAUUUAUCAUGCAAAUCGAAUAGAACGUUUUUUAUCCCCGCUACAACAUCAGUGGAUUUCGCUUAAAAGACAGAGAGAAGUAAAUUCUAAGUAUAAGGAUCUGGAAUGCAUAACCAAUUUUCCUAAAGAUUCUAUGAGAUUGAAAACAAUCCCAUAUUAUAUCAACGAACACGUAACGAAUCAAAGAUAUACAUGUAUCGAAGAAGACAGACCUUGGGAAAAACAAAAUUCCCAUGUUGAAGUUGCUGUUUCGAAACCUAUGGAUCAUUAUCCAAAAAAAGUGGAGACAGAAAACAUAAAAGAUCAAAAGCAAUUAACAACUUGCUCGAAUUUGCCAAUGCAACAAAUACAAAUUCAUCCAAAAGAAACGAACGUUAAAUCAACAUUCAUCGUGAAUACACAUAAGGGUGACCAGACGAGUCGUGUGUUUCCUUUCCAAGCUACACCUAGUGGUAAUCUUAAGAUCAUUCCAAAUCAGGUUGUAUUCGAGUCGAAGAAGUUCAGUGUUUUAGUUGCUGAUCCGCGACACACGAAGGUUAAUGUCAAGACUGAACUUAAUCAACCAAGUGCCGACAUUGGUAUAUCUGACGCAAAUCGAACAAGAUAUAUUAAUCUUUCGCCUGGUUUCACGCCAUCGACGAUUGAUCAGGCACAGAAGAAAUUACCAUAUUUCGAAGGAAGGUAUAGAUCACGAACUCAAAUAAAUACAAAAAUUUAUUCGGAAAUGGAACAAAACUAUUCGAUACAAUCAACAUCCUAUCCAUUUCCUCCAAUGAACGAAGUACCACUUGCCUCAUUGGGAUUUACAAAUGAGCAACCAAUCAAUUGGAAUAAUAUAAUUCUUCCAGAAAAGACUGACUUGUAUCAGGAAUUAGCUCGACGUAUUACAAAUUAUAAGAAUGCUGACUGUACCGUCCGGAUUGAUAACGAUGAAUUUUAUUGUCAUCUUCUUGUUCUACAAAGUUACAGCACAUUUUUCGACGAAAAAAUUUGCAAGAAUAUUGAUUUAUCUGGCAGCAGCGUAACUUCUAAGGCUUUCUCUAUUAUUUAUGACUGGAUGAUAAGUCCAAUCAACGAAAGCUGUCAACUGUUACGAAGAGAUAAUAUAUUAGAGAUUUUUACGGCUGCACAGUAUCUGGGUAUCAAAGAAUUAGAAGAACAAUGCUGGGGAUUUAUCGACAAUGACGAGCUUUUCUCUGAAGAUACUGCUUUCUUGUUAUACUUGGAAGCAAAAAAAAUCGGAAAUACUGCAGUAAUGGAAUUGAUGGUGCCAAGAAUUAUGAAGUUUUUCUUGAUGCUCGUUAGCACAAAGGAUUUUUUGGAAUUAUCAUCGGACGAAUUGUGUUUAUUACUGAAAUCUAACUAUAUUUGCGUCAAUAGUGAAAUGGAAGUUUUAAUGUCUGCCGUUAGAUGGUUAAUGCACAAUUGGAAUGAAAGAAAGCAAUAUAUGUUAGAAGUACUGAAAUGUGUUAGAUUUGGACUUAUAGCUCCGUGGCAAUUAAUAGAUGUUAAAAGAAAUCCUGAAAAUCCUGAAUUUAUGGAAUUGAUGUCUUAUCCUGAAGUACAAAAAAUGGUGGAUGACGGUCUUGCAUUUGUUAUAAUAAAAUAUUGGUAUGGCAAUCAGACCGAAGAUUAUUAUCAUUGGAUCGAAUUACUUGGGCUUAGCGAACCAACUAAUCGCAAUUGGGCAGGAGAAGAUAAAAACUAUGUUACAUAUCGCGAAUUUCUGUUAUAUCUCGAAGAAUAUCAAAAAACAAAUAUUUCAGAGAUAAAAACACAAAGGAUUCAAACGAAACCUAUGCCACCUAAUUCUCCUCCCAAAGAUUCAGAAUUAUCUUUAGAAACACAUGCGGAGUGCAAUGAAAAUCGUUGUUGUAUAGAUUCGUCGUUGUUAGAACAAUAUAAUACAAACCAAACUAAAGAAUCAAAAAAAUAUGUAUCCAAAGUCACAACUUCAUCGGGUAUGAUAAUGUCACCUGAAAUCUUGACCGAUUGUCUCAGUAAAAUGAGUAGAAAUAAUAAUAUAAGAGCGAACAAAAUGCAGUGCAACGGAAAUAGAAACAAUAAAUCUGUUGUUCACAAUAUGAAGUAUUGCGAAGCAGGUGAAUUAUCACGAAAAUCUUCGGAUUUUUUGAAGAAUGCGAAGUGUAUGUACGAACAUCAUCAACAUGAAGCUCCAAUGGUUACUAAUAAAUUGAGACAAGAAAGUGGGGAUCAAAGACAUAUAUAUAACCGCAAACAAUGGGAACAAAAUAUUACAUUUCCUAUUAAAAACCAACAGAAAGUAACGAAAAAAUCGAGAUGUACGGAAAAUCAUACCGAUUCAGCUAAAUCUGAAGAAGAAGCGGCCACUAUGAUACAAGCUACUUACAGAGGAUAUAAAGUUAGAAGAAAAUUUGACGAAAUAACCAAACUUGCCAAAGCAAAUAAUAUUGUUGUCAGCUGUCCUGACCGAUCAAUAUAUUUUUGAGAAAAUCGUUGUCAGCUGUCGUCAGCUUGACAACGUAGAUAAACGACGGAAUUGAAGCUCGGUAUCACGCUAAGUCGGACGUAUUUGUAAAACAUUAAAGAUUAUAAUUAAUAGUCUUUUAAGUUACUCAAAAUGUAGUGUGUAAAUAUGUUUCUUAUUUACGUCUGCGAUUGUGCGCAACAUUUGAGGGGCUCGUUUAAAAUAGUGUUACGCGCGCUGCCCGGUAUACUCUCCGGCCGCGAGUCAGCUGUCAAAUCGGCGAUGUCGAUUGGCGGCGGCGGUCAGCUGUCUGGAACCGGGCAACGGAAUUGACGGGAAUCAAUAACAGUUGUUAAGAGGCAUCGAGUCAGUUCAGUCGUUAAUUGUAAACGCUUCUAAUAAAGUCGUUCGUUUUGAGAGUUAAAAGAGUGUUUCUUCAUUUCCGCGAGCGCGCGCGUAACAAUAGAAUGAGCGAACAAACAGACGAGUCGACAGAAAGGAAAAAAGUGUAAUUUUAAGUGAUAACAACGACACAUUUUUCGAGGAAGAUUCGGUUUCAGACAUCGGCGGGUGCGACGGCGGAGGCCGAUUCGCUAUGUACGGUGCUACAGGAAUUGCAGCAGCUGAGGGAGGGGCGGCGUCUGGAAUGUCAGGAUCUGCAACGAUUCUGGAGAGAGAUGCAGUUCUUCGGAAAGAGACCUUAAGAUGGUUCCAAGAACGACUCAAUUCAAAUCAGCUAUUUACUCUAAUAAUAUUUCCGCGGGCGAAGUUCCGACGUGGCGUGAGUAAAUUUUCCAUACGCAAGUGUAAACGAAAAUCAGGCAACGCUCGGUUUUAAAAUUAAGCCUGACACGUUUGACGGUGCCAUUGCAUGAAUUCCUUACGUAAUUUUUUUUUAUUUCGCGCGGAAACGGUUGGGAUAAGGUCGCGAAAACGGUGGCUGUAGCAUCGUGCUUGCGGGGAAAGGGAAAAGAAUGUUGGUUGCGUGGAAACACGGGAAAUUUUCGUGCGGAAUGUCCGUCACUUCGGGAGAAAAAUUGAAUUUUGCCAAGCUACGCGGGGCCGAUUCGGCGGGAGAAACUUCUCUUCCCGAGGCAUUGUGACGCGUUAAGGGAAAAGGGUUUGUUUCUUUAAAGUUUAAGCUCGUGGACGUUGCUGUUUCUGGGGAUGUUCAAAUUUGUGUGAGGCUGUUUGUUUCAAAUUUCAGAGAUUUUUUGAAAGGCGGAAUUGCUACAAAAAGCGAACGACAAUAGAGUUCUUCAGAGGGAGAGAGAGAAUUUAAAAUUAAGAAAACCUCACUUACGGUUUUUGAACCGCGGUGUUUUCGUGGGUCGAAGGGCAAGUGCUGAAGCAGGGAUUAGAAGAGUUUUUUAAGGAUGAUGAGGGAUCCACGGUGGUUACUCCUCUCUUAUCUGAAGAAUUCCGAAGAAAUUUCUCUUCGCAAGAUCAAUCUUCUGAAGCCUUGGAGAACUUGCUAUUCUCCAAAAAAGAAAAGAGAAGGAAGUUCUUUCUGAAGUUGGAUGUUGGGACCUGAAACGGCAGAUUCGGUAACUCGGACAGCAGUUCGGGAUAGAACAGGGUUGUGGUUCCUGGAGCAUUGCGACUAAGGGGGAUUCUUCUGGAAGAGAGAGAGAGCUGGAUGUUAGGAACUGAAACGACUAGCUCGGUAACUCUGGAAGCAGUCCGAGGUUGAGCAGGGUUGUGAUUCGUGGAGCAUCGCGGCUGGAAAUUUUUUCUUCAAUAGUUAGUUGACAAUGGUUUUUUUCUUCAAUAGUUAAUUGACGGGACAACAAGAAAGGGGGCAAUGUUGUGCCCGUUAGAUCGGUUAGCUGUCCUAAUCAAUCGGUAUAUUGAUUUUUAAAAAGAACGUUGUCAGCUGUCGUGAACUUGACAAUGCAGAUAAAUAAAGCAGUUGAAGCUCGUACUCGCGCUAAGUCCGGCUUUUUCAAUGAAAUUUGUAUUUAUAAUUAUAAUUAUUGUAUUUAUAAAAUUUGUAUUUAUAAAUAAAGUCUUUUGAGUUACUUAAAAUAGCGUGUGAAUGUUUUUUAUUUACGUCCGCAGCCGCGCGUAACAAUAUUAUACCUUAGAAUUAGAAAGUUUGUAAGCAAAUUGGUGCCAAAUUGGAUACAAAUUUUGUUACACAAAAUAUUGUCGACAAAUUAUUGGCAAAAGUAUAACAAAAUGCGAUUUAACCUUGCCAGUAGAUAGUCGUCAAAUAUAUAACAAGGUUUAACC